GUCCGUGUGACAAAGUGGAGAUCUUCACCAGCGAGGGAGCUGAUCUACAUGUUCACUAUAAUACAGACCGAGCGUACAUUAUAGCACGUCACGGACCGCCUACUACUUUGAAAAGUGAAGCUAAAGAAGCCAAGGAGCCUCCCACCACGUUGGAAGAUUCAGAGGAAUCGGACUCCAGUGAAGAAAACAGCAGUGCUUCAGAAAUGGAUUUUCUACGUGAUCUUUUCUCCCGGACACUGGGCUUAGGGACCCCAGAAAAAGUCCUUGAUGAACUCAGCCUGGAAGGUGUAGGCAGGUUCCUGCUCAGUGGUAAAUGUAAGAAUGUGGUAUUUAUGGUUGGAGCUGGGAUCUCAACAUCUGCAGGAAUUCCUGAUUUUCGUUCUCCUGGUAGUGGAUUGUAUUCUAAUCUACAAAAAUACAACUUGCCAUAUCCAGAGGCCAUAUUUGAAAUCGGAUUCUUCAAGCAAAACCCAGAACCAUUCUUUGCUCUGGCCAGAGAGCUGUACCCAGGACAAUUCAAGCCAACUAUUUGCCAUUACUUCAUGCGGCUAAUGAAAGAGAAGGGUAUGCUUCUACGCUGCUACACUCAGAACAUUGACACUUUGGAGAGAGUGGCCGGUCUGUCUUCCGAUGACUUAGUUGAGGCUCACGGGACUUUCCACACUUCUCACUGUAUUGGGACGUUCUGUGGAGCUGAAUAUCCUCUUCCCUGGAUGAAAGAAAAGAUCUUCUCUGAUCUGAUUCCAAAAUGUGAUAAGUGUAAUAGCUUAGUUAAACCAGAUAUUGUGUUUUUUGGAGAAAGCUUGCCCCCCCGAUUCUUCUCUGCCUUGAAGUCUGAUUUCAAAAAUGUUGAUCUGCUUAUUGUGAUGGGAACAUCUCUUCAGGUGCAGCCAUUUGCCUCUCUUGUUGGCAAGGCUCCUAGUAAAACACCGCGUCUGCUGAUCAACAAAGAAAAGACAGGAGAGGGGGACUCAUUUUUUGGACUCCUUGGCUUGGGAGGUGGCAUGGACUUUGACUCAGAGAAAGCUUACAGGGACGUGGCCUGGCUUGGACAUUGUGACGAUGGUUGCCUUGCUUUAGCCGACUUCUUAGGAUGGAAGGCUGAGUUGGAAGAAAUGAUAAAGAAAGAGCAUGCAGCCAUUGACGCGGCCACGGAGAAGAGCUCCCCUAAAAAGACAGAGGAGAAGAAGUCCCCUGAGAAAAAGCAGGGUGAAAAAUCAACAGAGUAACCCGUUACUGUAACCGCGCUCAUCUUCAUAAAUGUGAACUCGCCUUCAUUAUAACUGCCACCGCUCUGGCUCUUGAUUACGGGCGCUACCUGAUGACUUAUACUGGCACUGUUUGCACAGAAUUAUGGAGGAAUAGUGUAGACUAGCAAUUAUGAUAAAAGAAUUAGCUGUAGUAGCUUCCUACAUCUUCUGAACCUCCUGAUAGUGACAUUCAGCAUCCCAGCUGUCACCAUUAGUAACUCCAUAGAAAGAAAGCAGGUAUGUCUGUGCCGCCGGUGCGUAAUGUGGCAUAAGGACUCUGAAUCUAAGGAAAGGGUUUAUAUGAGCUAACAAUGAUUUGCUGUGCAUUUUACAGAUAUUAAAAGUUACCUGGGAAUUAUAUGAACUUGAAAGGUGAUGCGGAGAGGCCUCUUACUAGUCAGGAAAUCUAAAGUGACUUCUCAUACACUUAUUCAUUGACAUCAGUAGGUUCCUACACGUAUGGUUUACCAGUGAACAGUUAAAGACAUGCUCUCUCAAUAUGCAUUGGUGGUAUAGAGAGUAGAUAGACUAUCAGUGCCCUGUCAAAUAGUCCUUGCGGUAAUUUUCUCAAUUUUUCCCAAAACUGUGUCACUCCCUUUUUACCACUGUAUUGGAAUUGCAGCACAGCCCCAUUCACUUGACUGGUGCUGUAUAAUAUUUCCCAUGACAGGGGCACUACUUCUAUAUAAUUACCGUACUCUGAUGUCUGAUUCACUAACUUUGUUCCUUUGAAAUGGACAGGGGACAAGUGUGAUCCUGUACUAUCACUAGGAAGUGGGGGAUUAUUUAUUAAGGCUGGCGUUCUGUAGAGGUGCUUCCUUGCUGGCUUAUAUUUAGACCAUUUUCUACGCCAGCCGCCCGUUCCCUUCCCUACCCACACGUCGCCCACGUUUUUAGACCUGGCCUGAGCCGAGAAAAGUCGCGCAAAGUGUGGCGCUAAUUACCUUUGCGCUGCAAUCUGCACCAGAAAUACCCCUAACCUAGGCGUAUUUCUGAUUGUAAAUGACCGCCUAUGUCUUCCCCUUAUAAGUGGAGCGCACUGCCGCUCCAUGCAUCUCUAUGGGGCUGUUGGAUAUAACCAAGCACUGUACUAAGCUUUCUUCAGCAGUCCCAUAGAGAAUGAAUUUAGUGGCAUCACGCAUUCUCCACCUGCUACUCCAUUCAUAUGGGAAGACACAGGACUCCCAUCAUUGUGAUCCCUGGGGGUACAGAAGUCAGACUCCCUGUAGUUCUGACACUUAUCCUCAAUCUUGUAGAUAAGUUUAAAACCUGACGCAACACUAAUUGACCUUAGUGUCCAAAAUUAAAUAAAACUAAUAAGUAAAAACCUCAAAGGCUUCGGAUGCAAUUUUUGGUUAUGCAUUUUACUCAUUUUUGGCUAAAAACAUUUUCAAUUGGUCUUCAUAAACACGUAUUUAAGCCACAUUCUUAUCAGUGUUUAUGAGGUCAGAUAGCAGAUAUAAGGAGUCGUCUGCUCUCCAAAUGACGGAAAAGACCACAGGCUUCUACUACAGCAUGUCAGCUAUGUACAGAAAAAAGGAUUCUAUAUUUUUAAUAAAGACCAAGUGAAAAGAUGAUUUUUAGCUCAAAAUAAGUACAAUGCAAUAAUAAUCACCCAAAGGUGUACAUAGCCUUUAAAUCGUUACUUUGGAUGCUAUAUGUAUAGGUUAUACAUAUGUAACAGUUGCACAUUACACAGUAAGUGCCAUCCUUCGCUAUCUGGAUAAAUCUCAGCUAUUAAAUCCAUAAACUUGGCUGAUGUGGAAAUCGCAUGAGUGUAAAGGCCCCCUUCCAUUCUAAUUCAGCGCUAAGGGGGCCUUUACACUCAUGCGAUUUCCACAUCAGCCAAGUUUAUGGAUUUAAUAGCUAUGUUAUUUCUUACUGAUUGUAGUACGUUGGGCUGAUUCCAGUCCCUCAUCUUAAAUGGUGUCACAUACUUUAGCACAGUUCACUGCAAUAACCAGAUGACUGUGACAAAUGGGACCUUCAUUGUGGACAUCAUGCAAACAUGGGCCUAGAUUUACUAAUCCUAAAUAGGGUGUAAGCUUAGACCGGCUGUCUAUUCCUGCAUCAGAUUUAUCACAGGGGCUCAGGCCGGAUGAUACAUGUCGUAGAGGGUUACACACUUUUCUCUGAUUCUAUACAAACUAUUGGUUGGUUUACUUUCAGACUGAUUUGUACACCACAAUUGCGACGCAAUAUUGGCACAAAAUAGGGCAUCUUAGGCCCCUCCACUUUCCAUUUAGCUCCACUCCUUUCCACUAAGCCCCUUCACUGUUCAACAUCUUGGAAUAAUGUGUAGAAACCUUAGAUGAGCCAAUUUGUGCCACUUUAUUUGACAGACUUCUGGCGCAGUCACGUUAGUAAAUCUGGGCCAAUGUAUACUUGUAAAAAGCCCAUUACUUUUUGAAGUUUCCAAAAAGAUCAUAUAAUCAUUUUUAAAGCUGUUAAGGAGUCAAUUUCCUAAAAUACUAUUCCCAAUUACUUCCAAAGGCAUGCUAGAGCAGACCCAUUCAUGGUCUAUAAAAUGUAUCAAAGGCAUAUGACUUAGUGUAGACAAAUAUAUCAGCGCUGAUUGGACAGUGUCAGAAAUACCCUAUUGAGUAGAAGAAUGGUAUAUAUAGACAUACAUUUCCAGGAAGAAUAGUAGAGGAACAGAAUUCUAAGGGUUGGUACACAUAUGCAUUAUUAUUUCAGUUUUUCUGUUCGGUUGUGGGAACAGAAAAACAGAAAUAAUUGCAGACAACAGCGGCGCUUAGGGUCCAUGUGGGUCCAUCAGGUUUCCCUUUUCUGUAAUUUUACUAGAGAAAAUGAGCACAGUUUUUUACAUCUUUAACAAUGAAGGCUUCUAAUAGAAACUAAGACAAGGUGCUCCAGAAUAUUAUUUUUUCAUGGAGAGACCAAGUCUUUACAAAAAGAGAGAUAUCAGUAGGGGUGAUAGAUCUCUGGAAGAGAACCCCUGUUUGGUGUGCAGUGCCUCCUAUGUCUUUUCUUAGUGUGACUGCCUAACUGCUUGGUUGGAAAAACAAGAUUUUAUUAGACAUCUAGUUCACCUUUAGUGUGUCAUUUUCUAAUAUACUACCUGCAGCCUGACAACACAUAGCCUAUGUUGGUUGCUGCGCCAUGAGCAGAAUCCAGGCUGCCAUUUGCAAUUUAUUUAUAGGGCAGUUGUCACAUAUUAGACUUGUUCCACUCAACUCUGUUGUUGGAUCUUAUUAUCAAAAGGAGCAAUUAGAAGUAUAUUAGGUAAUUGUAGUGUAUGCAGCCCCCUAAUAUACCAGAGUGGUAGGUUCACCAUUGUCAAACACUUCCAUAUUCUGCCGACAAGAUGUUUCUGUUUAUAACUGGUGACUGAGAUUUCUGGACUGUUUGUUACAGGGAAUAGUCCUUUCUUUCCUCACUACUGCUCACCAUGUCUGUAGGAGUAUUAUAUCACUUACUAAUUACUGUUUUCUUGCCAGUUUCGUCCCUGACACUUCCAGAUUUGAGAUCUCAUAUGAUAGUUCAACUGUUUAAGGCUAGUUUAACACUAGCGGCAAGCUUCUCCGGCAGGCUGUUCCGCUGGGGGAACAGCCUGCCGGAUCCGUGCUACCGCUAGUGCACCGUGCUGCCGGAGGUCCGGCCGCAGCACAGCAAACAUGCCGAGAGGCGGCCGAAAUAAAACUACGACAUUGAUUACUUGGUCCGCUUCGCUGGGCUGCCACCAGGACAUUUCUCUGUAGGGUGUAUGGCCAGACCACCAUUCAACUGAGACAUUUUAUAGCAGCAUAUUGCUAGAAUACCAUAAAUGUCCAAUACCCGCUUAUCUGUUAAGAACAGAUAGUCAAAAUGAAUGGAAAACAGGCUGUGCAUGCAACGCCACCAGACUUAUAUGGCAUAUCCUUUCAAUAUUCCAAAAAAUCACAAAGAUGGGACUUCCAAAAGCUGAGCGCUAUGUCAUCCAUGUCUCUUGGACAUUUAUGGCGUAUCCUAUCGAUAUGCCAUGAAUGUCCCAAAUGGGACAACCCCUUUACCCCUUUCAGGACUCGUCAUUUUUGCAAUUUUCAUUCCCGGUCUUCCAGUAGCUAUAACAUUUUUAAUUUUCUAUUCUCAUAGCCGUAUGAGGGCUUGAUUUUUGUGGGACAGGUUGUAUUUUCUAAUGGCACCAUUUAAUAUUGCAUACAACAAUUGGAAUUGGAAAAAAAAGGGAAAAAAAAAAAUGUUCCCUAUGCAGUAAAACUGACCUGUAACCUUCAUUCUAAGGCUCAGUACGAUUACAGUGAUGCCACAUUUGUAUUUCUUUGUGUUGUAAUGCUUUAACAAAAAUAAAAACUUUGGGAAAAAAAUGGA